AUGGCUUCUGCAAGAGAAAAGGAGGUGGUACCAGCAGCAUCAGCAGAAGAAUCUGUUGCCAAGAGCCUUCCUGACCCAUUGGUUCCCCUUAUUGCCAGUGGUUGUCGAAAUCAGACCAUCAGUGAUGCUGUGAAGGGCACCUAUUUCCGCUGUGGCACCAACCAUGGAAGACCAGUCUACAAGAAAAUGCGUGAGACAGCACAAAAGGGUGAUGAUUUGGACGUUCUGAUUUACUUCUGGAAUGAACAAGAUAGUGAUGCAGACUGUGGCUGGUGGAUUGGGCCUAGCAUUGGCGGUGAGCUGGUUUGGGCAUACCACCCCAGCAAGGCUGUCGCACCCCCUCCAGUUGAAUGGAGCGUGCCCCAUGAUGGGCCCAUUGACAAGACCUUCUCUGUGGCUCCCGCCCAGCAAUUGAGCAGUAAAGAAGCCGAGGCGCGCAUGACAAUCAUUAUGCCUUGGAUAUAA